AUGCCAGCAAAAGCGAAUACUUCCGUAGCGAGUCACGCGGAGGUGCCACCAGAGGAAGAACUCGUAGACUACGAGGAGGAUCAGGAAGAGAACGCGUUGGCUGAGGAAACCAACGAUGCCGCCGCGGAUCAGGUUGCUGACGCAGAGUCUACGGAGGGUCAGCAGGCGGAGCCACAGUUGGCGAAAGGCACUUAUGCUUCCUUGCACUCGGCCAACUUUAGAGACUUUCUUCUGAGAUCGGAGCUCUUGCGUGCAAUAGAAGACUGUGGGUUCGAGUCUGCGUCUGAGGUGCAAGUGCAAGCGCUGCCACAGGCUGUUCUAGGAACGGAUGUACUUGUCCAAGCCAAGUCUGGGCUGGGGAAGACUGCUGUCUUCGUUCUCGCAAUUUUGCAACAGCUCGAACCGGAAAAGUCAGAGAACAGUGUGAGCGCAGUUAUUUUAGCACACACCAGAGAGUUAGCUUACCAGAUCAAAAACGAGUUUGUUCGCUUCAGCAAGUACUUGCCAGACGUUCGCUGUGGCGUGUUCUACGGGGGCGAACCGAUCAAACAACAACUUGAGCAGCUGGCAAGCUCGGUUCCACACAUUGUCGUGGGCACUCCAGGUCGCCUUCUGGAUUUGGCUGUGAAAAGGAAGGCGCUGGACCUGAGCAAGGUUCGGUUUUUUGUCAUUGACGAGUGCGACAAAGUACUCGAAAUGCUUGACAUGCGCGCAGAUGUGCAGGAGAUAUUCAAGAUGACACCGCGGAACAAACAGGUAAUGAUGUUUAGUGCGACGUUGCCACCAGAGACGCGAAGCAUCGCGCGCAAAUUCAUGCACAAUCCGCACGAGAUCUUUAUAGACGACGAGAGCAAGUUGACUUUACACGGCCUGUUGCAGUACUAUCUGAAGUUAGAGGAAACAGAGAAAAACCGGAAGUUGAAUGAUCUCCUGGACGCUCUGGAAUUCAAUCAGCUGGUUAUAUUCGUACGUUCUGUUCAGAGGGCCAAAUUUAUCAACCAAAUGUUGAAGGAGAGCAAUUUCCCUUCCAUUACGAUUCACUCUGCAAUGCCUCAAGAGGAGCGCAUAAAGCGCUAUCGAGCGUUCAAAGACUUUGAGGCGCGGAUUCUGGUGAGCACGGAUCUCUUCGGGCGCGGCGUCGAUGUUGAAAGAGUCAAUGUUGUUAUUAAUUAUGAUAUGCCAGCGGACAGCGAUCAGUACCUUCACCGCGUUGGGCGUGCGGGUCGAUUUGGGACCAAGGGGCUGGCUAUCAGUUUUAUUUCCAGCGAAGAGGACAGCGCUGUUCUCGAAGCAGUGCAAAAUCGUUUUGUGGUCAACAUACCUGAAUUGCCCGAGAGCAUCGAUCCCUCCGCGUAUAUGACGGCGUAA